AUGUCAACCAAUGUUGGGAAAAAGACAGCGGGCAGCUUGGAUAUGAAACAACAGAAUACUGGAGAUACGAGCGCCAAGCGUAUUCUUCCGCGAGCAAGCGAAGGUGCUUACACAAAUAAGCAAAAUUUGGACUACAUUCUGAAAUCAGGGCUUGCAGGAGGUGUGGCAGGAUCAUGUGCAAAGACGUUGAUUGCACCUUUAGAUCGUAUAAAGAUUCUCUUUCAAACCUCUAAUCCACACUAUGUUAAGUAUGCGGGGUCUUUCCAGGGGUUGCUGAACGCUGGCGUGCAUAUCUGGUCUAGAGAAGGGAUGCGUGGGUUUUUUCAAGGCCACUCCGCGACGUUGCUGAGAAUAUUCCCGUACGCAGCCGUUAAAUUCAUUGCAUACGAACAAAUAAGAAACAUCAUCAUACCGAGCAAGGAAUACGAAACACAUUUCAGAAGACUUUGUUCGGGAUCUCUUGCAGGCUUGUGCUCUGUCUUUUGCACGUACCCAUUAGAUCUUAUCAGAGUAAGGUUGGCCUACGUAACUGAACACCACAAAGUUAGAGUAUGGCCAUUGAUAAAGAAAAUUUACCAAGAGCCUGCGUCACAGUCAUUAAGUUCAAAGUCCUAUAUCCCCAACUGGUUUGCUCACUGGUGCAACUUUUAUCGCGGAUAUAUUCCUACCGUCAUUGGUAUGAUACCUUAUGCCGGCGUUUCAUUCUUUGCACACGACCUUUUCCAUGACAUAUUGAGGCAUCCGCUCAUUGCGCCUUACUCUGUUCUUCGAGUAGAUGAUUUGGAUGCAGAUGACUUCGAGGUUGAGGUACAAAAAACUAAUUCGGGAAAAAAGAUUCCUCUUAAUACUUGGGCUGAAUUACUAGCCGGUGGUCUUGCGGGCAUGACUUCACAAACCGCUGCUUAUCCUUUUGAGAUUAUCAGAAGAAGGCUUCAAGUAGGAGCGGUGACUAAUCCACUUGAGCAUAAAUUCACUUCAAUGCCCGAAAUGGCAAAGAUUAUUUUCCAUGAACGAGGAUGGAGAGGUUUCUUCGUUGGCUUAAGUAUAGGUUACAUCAAGGUGACUCCGAUGGUUGCAUGUUCGUUUUUCGUUUAUGAGAGAAUGAAGUGGUAUAUGAAUAUAUGA